AGAGAGAGAGAGAGAGAGAGAGAAUGAACCUCCCCUGGGCAACAAAUAAAGGAGUCGUCAGGCGUUCCCCGGAAUGCCGUGGAGUCGUGAGGUCAGGUGAGUUUUGGGAUCCAAAGCGUCAGGAUGCCAAAGUGUCCCCGAUGCCAGAAGGAGGUCUACUUUGCGGAGAAGGUGACGUCGCUGGGCAAAGAUUGGCACCGGCCGUGUCUGAAGUGUGAAAAGUGCGGCAGGACGCUCUCAUCCGGGUCCCAUGCUGAGCAUGACGGCAAACCAUACUGCCACAAACCAUGCUACAGUGCACUGUUUGGCCCUAAAGGGUAUGGACAUGGCGGAACGGAGAGUCAUACUUACAAGUAGUGGACUCCUGGUGGUCCUGCCGUCUUCAUCCAGUGGACGUUCAUGCGAAUAAAAGCAUAUUCAGUAUGUGACGUCAA